GCUGGCCGAGCAAGUUCGGUGUCUGGCCGUGGGAGGUCUUUGUGAACCUUGGAGUCAGCUUUCCAGUUACCGAAUUUUGAGAGAGUGACUAGCAUGCAGAUACCCAUGCUCUAAUUUGCUGCCCCUCUACCAACAUGGCCCACCGGGGUGGGGAGAGGGACUUCCAGACCUCAGCUCGGCGCAUGGGCACGUCCCUGCUCUUCCAGCUUUCAGUGCACGAACGGGAGCUGGACCUGGUUUUUCUGGAUCAUAGCUAUGCCAAGCCAUGGAGUGCUCACCCAGAUGCCAGUAGUGCCCGCCCCACCCGCAUGCUCUUUGUUACUCCCCGGCGGCAACAUGAAAGUACCAUUGAAUCAGACGUCCCAAUAGAUGUGGAGACGGUCACUUCAACUCCUGUGCCACUCUAUGAUAAUCAGAAGGCGCGCAGCGUGAUGAACGAGUGUGAACGUCAUGUCAUCUUUGCCAGGACUGAUGCAGAUGCCCCUCCCCCACCAGAGGACUGGGAGGAGCAUGUUAACAGGACUGGUUGGACAAUGGCCCAGAACAAGCUAUUCAACAAGAUCCUCAAAGCCCUGCAGUCUGAUCGGCUUGCCCGCUUGGCCAAUGAAGGGGCAUGUAGUGAGCCAGUGCUGCGCCGUGUUGCCGUGGACAAGUGUGCAAGGAGAGUGCGGCAGGCUCUGGCAAGUGUGAGCUGGGACACCAAGCUGAUCCAGUGGCUGCAUACCACCCUUGUGGAGACCUUGAGUCUGCCCAUGCUGGCAGCCUACCUGGAUGCUUUGCAGACACUGAAAGGGAAGAUCCCAACCUUGAUUGACCGGAUGCUUGUGUCAUCCAAUACAAAGACUGGGGCUGCUGGAGCUGAGGCCUUGUCUCUCCUACUGAAGAGGCCCUGGGACCCUGCUGUGGGGGUGCUUUCUCAUAACAAACCAAGCAAACUCCCUGGCUCUCCCCUGAUUCUUAUUGCCUCCUCUGGCCCCUCCAGCUCUGUGUUCCCCACCUCACGCCGACACCGGUUCUGGCAGUCUCAGCUCUCUUGCUUAGGCAAGGUCAUCCCUGUAGCCACCCAUCUGCUGAACAGUGGCAGUGGGGUAGGAGUUCUGCAGUGUCUUGAGCACAUGAUUGGGGCAGUGAGAAGCAAAGUGCUGGAGAUUCACAGCCAUUUCCCACACAAACCCAUUAUCUUGAUUGGCUGGAACACAGGAGCUUUGGUGGCCUGUCACGUGUCGGUGAUGGAGUAUGUCACUGCAGUUGUCUGCCUUGGGUUUCCUCUGCUUACCGUGGAUGGCCCCAGAGGGGAUGUGGAUGAUCCUGUCUUGGAUAUGAAGACACCAGUCCUCUUUGUCAUUGGUCAGAAUUCCCUGCAGUGUCAUCCUGAAGCUAUGGAAGACUUCCGGGAGAAGAUUCGGGCUGAGAACAGCUUGGUGGUGGUUGGGGGAGCUGAUGAUAAUCUCAGAAUAAGCAAAGCAAAGAAGAAAUCAGAAGGGUUAACUCAGAGCAUGGUGGACAGAUGUAUUCAGGAUGAGAUUGUGGACUUUCUGACUGGAGUGCUCACUCGUGCUGAGGGUCAUGUGGGCUCUGAGCCUCGAGAUCAGGAUGCUGAGAAAAAGAAGAAGCCCCGUGAUGCAACCCGCAGAGACCUGCCCUUUGAAGUCCCAGAGCGGGGCAGUCGACCUGCCUCCCCAGCUGCCAAGCUGCCUGCCUCACCCUCAGGCUCAGAGGAUCUCUCCAGUGUGUCUAGCAGCCCCACCUCCAGUCCCAAGACCAAAGUAACCACAGUGACCUCUGCCCAGAAGUCCAGUCAGAUUGGGAGCUCUCACCUGCUGAAGAGACAUAUACAGCGGACAGAAGCUGUGCUGACCCACAAACAAGCCCAAGCACAGUUUGCUGCUUUUCUGAAACAAAAUAUGCUGGUGAGGAAAGCUCUUCCUCCCGGCACCUCCUCCUGUCUCUUUGUUCCCAUUUCAUCAGAACCAACAGAGGAAGCAGAGAAAGAGGAUCUUAGGGUCCAGCUGAAGCGGCACCAUCCCUCGAGUCCUCUUCCUGGCAGUAAGACCUCCAAGCGACCAAAGAUCAAAGUGUCCCUUAUCUCCCAAGGUGACACAGCUGGAGGGCCUUGUACUCCUUCCCAAGGAGGAGCUCCAGAAGCCGCAGGUGGGAAGCCCAUCACCAUGACACUGGGGCAAGCUUCAGCAGGGACCAAGGAGCUCACAGGACUUCUCACCACAACCAAGUCAAGUGCCUCUGAAGGUGGAGUCUUAGCUAGCCCAGCCCCUUCAGUGGUCUCCAGCAGCGUGGCACCCAGUGCCUUGCACACACUCCAGAGCCGCUUGGUGGCCACGUCUCCUGGCAACUCUCUCCCAGGGGCCACGUCAGCUAGCAGUCUCCUCCAAGGCCUCAGCUUCAGCUUACAGGAUAUCAGCAGCAAGACUUCUGGCCUCCCAGCAAAUCCCUCCCCAGGAGCAGCCCCACAGGCUACCAGUGUGAAGUUGCCCACCCCCAUGCAGAGCCUGGGUGCCAUCACCACGGGCACCAGCACCAUUGUUCGUACCAUUCCUGUGGCCACCACUCUCUCCUCCUUGGGUGCCACUCCUGGUGGGAAGCCCACAGCCAUCCACCAGCUGCUGACCAAUGGGGGCCUCGCUAAGUUGGCAAGCAGCCUCCCAGGCCUGGCUCAGAUCUCUAACCAAGCAUCAGGCUUGAAGGUUCCCACCACCAUUACUCUGACACUCCGUGGUCAACCAAACAGAAUCACCACGCUGAGCCCCAUGGGCUCAGGAGCAGCCCUGUGCGAGGAGCCCACCCCCCAGGUGCUUCCCUCCAGCUCACAGGCCGUCUUCAUCUUUGCUGAUGCCACGUUGAUGGACAACUAG